GCGGGCCAGAUCGCAGGAAGCCAGCGCUGGUGACGGACGAGGUGGAGGGCGCUCCGCACAGCUCCUGGACGUUGGCCCAGGCUGAUGGCAGACGAUGUCAGCCACCAACAACACAGCGCAGGCCCGCAAGCUGGUGGAGCAGCUCCGCAUCGAAGCUGGGAUCGAGCGCAUCAAGGUCUCCAAAGCGUCCUCGGAGCUCAUGAGCUACUGUGAGCAGCACGCCAGGUCCGACCCCCUGCUGGUGGGCGUGCCGGCCUCCGAGAACCCCUUCAAGGACAAGAAGCCCUGCACCAUCCUGUAGCACCCGCACCAGCCACCGCGCUCAGCCCAGACCCCAGCCCGAGAAGCGCUGGGCUGGCGGCCCCUCCGGGCCACGCUGGACGCACAGCCCUGCCUGUCGCCAACACACGCGGGCCCGAGUCCGCGGCCAGCGGUGGUCCAGGACGCUCAGUGUCACGGGCUCAGCGGGGAGGCCGAGAGGGCAGCAGUUCCCUCCAAGUGGGGCGUCUGCAGGGUCCACGCUGGGCUGCCGGGAUGCGCCUCGUGUGACGAGCGGAGGUCAAGCUGGGGUGGGACGAGGCCGACAUCAUGAGAUUUGGGGGCGAUAUUCCUCCCUUCCAUUUGCAACAGUGUCACUCCCCACGCUGAAACCCGCUGCUCAUGGCUGACCCAAGCUGAGCUGUGGGAGGAUGCACAGGUGGACUUCCGGGGUGGGGAGGGGCUCGUCUGUGAAAGGCACCCUGUGAUGCCCAAUGUCACUCCCUGUGUGGCAUUUGCUACUCGGCCCCACCCUGUCCCUGGGGGCCCACCCGGCACAGACAGGCUUUGGGGAUCUGAGGUGGGGGGUGGUCUGGGGUGCUGUGCUGCUCGGUGGCGCUCCCUGGACCGCCCUCACUUCCCCAGUCAACGUGGCCGUUUUUCAGACAGAAGUGCAGGCUGGGGGUCUGGGCCUGGUGGGCGCAGCCCCUCGCACGGAGCCCGGGAAGCACCGUCCAGUGACCUCAGGCCAGGCCUGUGGCCCCGGGGCGGGCAGCGGCAGCUCAGCUCUCCACGUUGGGUGGGCAGGAGGGAGACCCAGGUAGGGCCCAUGCGCCUGCCUCCCUGCAGCCUGGGGAGCGUGGGGUGUCAGGGGGGGGCACCCUCCUGCCACCCUGCAGCCACUCCGGAGCUGUGUGAUAAGCAGCAGGGACCUUGGUGGCCCUGGGCCCAGGAGCCUCCAGUGGCCGCCUCCCGCCACAGCACCAGCCCAGGAGCCGGGCCAAGAAAACCCACCAGGCUGCCCCUGUGACCCGACAGACAUCGGGGCGCAUGCCAGGACGGUCCCCGCCUGGCCGCCCCUGCAGGCCAGUGGGGCAGGGCCCGCAGCCCCCCCAGGCAGCCGCCUCCUGGGGUGGGGGCUGAGGGAGAGGUCACUGGGUGGGACACAGGUCAGGAGACGUGGCGGGGGGCCUGGGCGGCCCUCCAGGUACCUCCCCGCGGCUCCCAGAGGGCACAGGCGCAGGGCGGGCCUGUCCAGCUCCCGGCUCUCUAUGGCUGGUCCAGGAGGCCGGGGCUUGGGGUCUGCCGCACGCUCCUGUGGUGGGCCAGAAGAGGACAGCCGGCCUCUGCCCCACCCGACGGGUGGCGGGAAAGGCCAGGGCCAGUGCCAGAGUGCCAGGGCCGCAGUGGGCGGCAGAGGCCCCAGGGCCACCUCUCGAGGGCGGCAGGGCAGGGCUGUGUCCUGGGGGAGACCGGCCCCCGCUUGACCGCCUGGGUCACCGGGAACAAUUCACCCAUUUCUCUCAAAAAGAAGCCUUAACCCUGGAGCUGGUGUCUGUCCCUGCAUGGCCGGCCUCUUCCUUUGUCCCCACUGUCCAGGUCCCCAGCCACCAGUCUCCCAGGAGGACAGUCGACCCCGGCCCCAGCACCGGCAGCCCCCCAUGGCCAAACCCAUUCCCCGCACUCGCCUCGCCAGGGCAGAGGACGGGCACUGGGAAUCCGAGCCUAGGCCCACGCGACGUCCCCACAGCCGUGACCCCAGGGAAAGUCAGGGCAGCGGGACGCCCCGGGCGGAGGGUCAGGGUUGACCGGGCCUCCGCGCUCGGCCACACCGAGGCUUCUCGGGCCAGCGGGUCCCAGCGCCCAGCCCUGCAGGGCCUCACAGGGUCGGGACGUGCUCUGGCCUGGAGGGAAGGACGGGCUGCCUGACUCAGGCUCCUCAUCUGCCCGCCUCCUCCUCCAGGUGCCCCUGCCCUGUCCCCGAGCCGGGUCACCAGGUGCCCACAGGUGGGCCUCAGGGAGGUGGUGACUGGCAGGACCCCAGCCUCCUUCUGAGCCGGGGCCUCUCCUGACCCUGCAGGUGACUCCCAGAGCUUCCAGGACAGCCUCCCUCGCAGCCGGGCUGCGCUGGCGCCCCGUGGGACACGUCCCGGGCACCGCUCUGGGCACCUCAGGUCCCUCGCUGCGUCAGGGGAGGAGCUCUCAGGAGGCUCCGCGGCCCACCCACCCAGAGGGCAGGCCCCCGGGAGCAGCGGGCACUGUCUCCCGGCCUGCUCCAGGGUGCCCGGCCGCGAGGGCGCCCGCCGGAGGGGUCGCCGGCCUCAGGAUCCGCGUCCAGUCCCCACCCGGGGAGUCUGAGCGGUCCUGGCCAUCUCAGUCCCCAAAGGUGACCCCAGAACAAAGUGGCCUCCAGGGAUGGCAGAUGGCAGAAGGUGCUUGCCUGUCUACUGCCCUGUCCCUUUGAUGGUCCAGCAGCGGCCUCCUCCAGGCAGACGCUGGGCCCCCAGGCAGCUCAUCCCAGCUCCUCCGGCUGGUCUUAACUGACCCAGUCCUGCCACCCCGGCUGGGGGACGGGACAGGACAGGACCUCAGACCCGGCUGGAGCCGGGGACAGGACAGUUACAGGCCAGCCAAAGCUCUGCCCCCGGCUUGCCAUGCCGCCCAGGCCCAGUCCCGAAGCCAGGGGACUCGGGUGGUCCCGGCCCCUCCCGUCUGGACUCUGUUGCCAAAUGCCCCAAAGACCCUCGUCCCCAGCAGCUCCAGCCGCCCAGCCCCUGGACGUGGGUGGUCUCUUUCUGUUUUCUAAGACCCCAGCUGUGCCACGCCCACUCUCCGCCAGUUUUGACUCCAUGUGGAACCCUGGUCCAGAGUGACUCUCACUCAAUAAAGGCCCCAGUGCUUCUCCCUG